AUGGCGGACACGGUUUCUCCCAUUAAGAAUCUUCCCAACGAACUUCUAGCCAGUAUACUGGGCGAAUUCAGCACCAAGGAGCUCCUCCCAAUCAUCACCGUCAGUCACCGCUUCUGCUCCAUAGCUACCAAGAUUCUACACCGACGACUUGUUACUUCGCCUCAACGGUCAAACCACGGGGUGAUCCUCGAAUGCUACCACCCAAGUGCCAAAAUAUCCACGCCAUAUCUGCGCUGUCAAUAUCUCGGCAACGCCGCCUGCGAUGGACCCUCCAUCAACGAGCGGGCCCCCAACUUUGUGGACCUGCGCAGGAUAUACUCGUGCUUUCGGCCGGUUAUAAUGGAAAGCAACAGGCGUAGGAGAUUCCGCUAUGGGUGGUCCGUAGAAACGAUGGGGGGCAGCACGCAGCUACAGAUUGCUGCUGAUGACGAAGAAAUAGAGGAUACGGCACACCAAGAAGUCUACCUGGACGAAGGGGAGCGCUUCUCGCAACUGUGCGCGGUGGCGAAUGUCGUUGUCCACGGCUCUCGACCGGGCCUCUUUACGCGGCACGUCAAUUUCAGCGACGGCGUCAUUCGCGUGUUUAGAGAGUGGCUGGCCAGCAUGCUGCCCGGCCACUCGUCCUCCCACGCUGAAUCUGGGGCGUCUUCGUCAUCGUCCUCCGCCGCGAUAGAAGCCUCCAUCUCGGCGUCUGGUUUGUUUUCGUCAGACGAUAGCCGCGUCUUGUGGGUCGACAGAACAAAGAACGUCGGGAUCCGAUUCAGGGUGACGCCAGGGCCAGAGGCAAGGGGAACGAUCUGGGAAGAUGAGCCACCCAUGUUUUACAAUCUGACUUAUGAAGAGUUGGUUGUGCGGACGAGCACGCUGCUGCUUGCUAUGGAUGAAGCGGAUGUGCAGCAUGUGGCGCAUUCUGGAAAAGACGUUAUUAUUGCUCCUUUUACGAUCCUCUAA